AUGCUAGCUUUGCUUCGUCGGUGUCUACUCAUCUCAUGGUUGGCUAGUCUUGUUUCCACGGCUUUGGCGGAGGAAGGCAAUGAGAGCCCAUCGGAAUUGCAAAUCAAUCACUAUGCCGCUCUAGGAGACUCGUACGCUGCUGGCGUGGGCGCAGGCCCCCAGGUUGACGACGGCUGCUGGUUAUUCGCCGACGGCUACCCAGGCCUGUUGAACCGCAGUAACUUGCUUCCAGGAGAUCAUGGAUUCCAGCUCCUCGCCUGCUCAGGAGUCAGGAUGCUCGAUCGUGACACAUAUCUUAACCGCGCCGAGAGGAAGAAACAUAAGUCAGUCAGUGAAUAUAUCGACAGGGUCGAGAACGCGAGCGUUGCAACGCUAUCAAUUGGAGGAAACGACGUGGGCUUCUUCAACCUCCUCAAUGCCUGUAUAUAUAACUUCUACGGCCCAUUCUCUGGUUCGUGUGAGGAAACUCUGGAAUUCGCGGAAGCAGUUAUAGCCAGUGAUGAGUUCACCGCCGGCUACAACACGAUGCUGGACCAGUUACUUCAGAAAGGAGAUUCUCCUUCCUUCAGGGUUCUGGCAACAGGGUACAGCGCCUUCUUCGAUGAUGCCUUGACUGAUGACUGCAAUGAGUAUACGCUGAGUUACUGGCCUGGCUGGUGGCAUCAACAGCUCACCGUCGACAUAAGAAAGAGAAUGAACAAGAUGUGCACGGAACUAAACGCCAAAAUCGGUCAGAUCAUCGACGCUCGACCAGACAAUAGGGUCAUAUGGGUCGAUUGGGCACCGCGAUUCAAGGAGCAUCGCUUCUGCCAGCCAGGCAAGCCACCUGUCGACGGCGAAAAUACAUGGUUUUUCGACGUCGAGUUCAGGGAGUUCAUCCCGACUGAUGAGGUUGACAUCGAGACAUGCGAGCAUGAGUCAAGCCUCUCUGGUGACUGGGGGGAGAGGGCCCUGUGUGGUAUGGCAAUCGUCCAGGCAAAGUUUCCUAAUGCAACCAUACGUGGUGUUGGCGACAGAGUAGAUGUUAAAGGCGGCCGUCGACCAUUUGCUCCAAGUACUGCGCGACUGUUCCAUCCAACAGCAUUAGGACAUAGAGCUAUCAUGGACGAGAUACGUCGUGUUUGGCCCUAUUAG